AUGAAGUACUCUAUCUUUGCCGCUAUUGCGGCAGCUCUCGCUACCGCUGUCAGCGCUGCUGAUGGCGUUAAGGGUGCUGCUGAGGGUUUCGCCAAGGGUGUAACUGGUGGUGGCAGCGCCGCCCCUGUCUACCCCAAGACCAACGCUGAGCUCAUUAGCUACCUCGGUGAUAACCAGGCCCGCACCAUUGUCCUCACCAAGACCUUCGACUUCACUGGCAGUGAGGGUAAGGUCACCUCUGCUGGUUGCCGUCCCUGGGGCACUGGCUCCGCAUGCCAGAUUGCCAUCAACAAGGACGGAUGGUGCGACAACUACCAGAAGACCGCGCCCAAGGUCCCCAGCAUCACUUAUGAUAAGGCUGGUGUUAUUGGUAUCACUGUUGGCUCCAACAAGUCUCUUGUCGGUCAGGGCAACAAGGGUGUUAUCAAAGGAAAGGGUAUCCGCAUGGCCAACGGCGUCAAGAACAUCAUCAUCCAGAACGUCCGUUUCACCGAGAUCAACCCUCAGUUCGUCUGGGGUGGUGAUGCCAUCACCGUCGACGGCGGCGACAUGAUCUGGAUCGACCACGUCACCACCGACCUGAUUGCCCGCCAGCACAUUGUCCUCGGCGAGAAGGCUUCCGGUCGUGUCACCAUCUCCAACAACGAGAUCAACGGCGCCACCGCCUGGUCCGCUACCUGCGACGGCCACCACUACUGGGGAAUCUAUCUCACCGGCAGCAACGACAUGGUCACCCUCAAGGGCAACUACAUCCACCACACCUCUGGCCGCUCACCAAAGGUCGCCGGUAACACCCUCCUCCACGCUGUCGGCAACUACUUCUACGCCAACUCCGGUCACGCUUUCGAGGCCGACGCCGGUGCCAAGAUUGUCGCUGAGGGCAAUGCCUUCCAGAACGUCAAGUCCGCGUCUCAGUCUGGUCUUGCCGGCAAGGUCUUUGCUUCUGGUGGUGCCGCUUGUAAGAGCGGUCUUGGCCGCAACUGCGAGGCCAACAUUUACGGUUCUUCCCCUGUCAUGGCUGGCUCUGACAGCAGCAUCAUUGGUAGCUUCUCUGGAAAGAACAUUGCCGCUGCCGUGUCUGGUGCCAACGCUAAGAACGUUGUUAACACUGCUGGUUACGGAAGGAUCUAA